AUGGCGGCGGCGGCGGCGGGAGGAGGAGGAGGAGGAGGCGGCGGCGGCGGCGGAGGAGGAGGCGGCGGCGGCGGCGGCCGGGCCUACUCGUUCAAGGUGGUGCUGCUCGGCGAGGGCUGCGUGGGCAAGACCUCCCUCGUCCUGCGCUACUGCGAGAACAAGUUCAACGACAGGCACAUCACCACCCUGCAGGCAUCUUUCUUAACAAAGAAGUUGAAUAUUGGUGGAAAAAGAGUCAAUCUUGCAAUAUGGGAUACUGCUGGUCAAGAGAGAUUCCAUGCCCUGGGUCCUAUUUACUACCGGGAUUCAAAUGGAGCCAUUUUAGUUUAUGACAUAACAGAUGAAGACUCUUUUCAGAAGGUAAAAAACUGGGUCAAAGAGUUGCGGAAAAUGUUGGGAAACGAAAUCUGCUUGUGUAUAGUUGGUAAUAAAAUAGACUUGGAAAAAGAGAGACAUGUUUCAGUUCAAGAAGCAGAAGCGUAUGCAGAAUCAGUGGGAGCAAAACAUUAUCAUACUUCUGCCAAACACAAUAAAGGAAUUGAAGAACUCUUUCUUGACCUGUGUAAAAGAAUGAUAGAAACAGCUCAAGUGGAUGAACGAGCGAAAGGCAACGGUUCCAGUCAACCAGGCCCGGCGAGGAGAGGGGUACAGAUUAUUGACGACGAACCACAAAUACAGAGCAGCGGCGGCUGCUGUUCGUCCGGAUAACUUCAAACACUUGCAGACAAACCAACGAACAAAAAGGAAAACAAACAAAAAUGACAGAACUGUGUUUCAUCGCCCCCAACACGAAGACUGCCAUAUUCCACGUCACAUUCUUUUACCGGUGGAAUCAUAGAAUUAACAGUAUUUUAAAAGAAUUACAUUUAUAACACUGCAGAGACCUUAAGUGCUAAACUAGUGGAGUCUGUGACCAGAGAAUUGGCGUUUUCUACACUGUUAACAAAGCAAUUACCAAUGGCCUUUUUACAUUUUUUUUUUUUCUUUAAUGAGGAAUAAUAUUGCAUGUAGAAAAGACCUCCUACUUAAAGGCUUCAUAUAUAUUCUUUUAAAUCAGAUCAUUAUUUAAUAACUUAUAUACAUUGUUGUUGGAAUGGUAUACAUUUUUGAAGCCCUUUGUAUUUUGUGGUAGAUUGAACUGUAUCACUUCUAAACUGCAGAUGGAUUUUUUUUUUUUUUUAAUUAGCAGAUACCCGAAGUACUAUUUUUGCAGGGUUUGCACAAGCUCAUACAUGUCAACUACUUUGAUAUACCCUAUAUUCAUCCUGUAUGCUGAGCUGGUAAAAACAUGUUGUAAAUGACACAUUAAAUAUUUUAUCUGCUUUUACGAGUGCAGGCGCAGAAAUAUGUACAGCAGUCCUGUCAGUGACUGCGAAUUGAGUGGACAUUUGUGGAAAAUCGGCAAGCUUUUUGAGCUCAAGUCCAAUGCAGGCUGUUUGGUUCCUUCACCCGUUGAGUCUUAGUAGGGAAAUCGUGUGGCUUUUUCUUUUUCUUUCUCUUUUUAAAUUCACAGUCGAACGGCUAACUUAGGUGCGUGUUCCCCUUUCAAUCCUUUCCACUGAAGAGCAGCAUUUUUGUCUCUGCGGCGAGAACAUUGACUAUUUCCGCGCUUCCCUACAGUAAAGCGGUAAAGCCAUCGGUCAGUGGUGUUUAUUGAGGGCUUGCGGUGUGCAGUGCACUGUACUAAGCGCUCAGUAGAGCACUGAGCUUUUCGAAUCUGAAACUGCUUUAGCUUCCUCUUAACCUUUUCAUGAGACUGUGUGUGUGCACACUAGAGAAAGUUGUUCCAAAACGCAUCAGAACCAAGACCAUCUUAUAAUUUAUUAAUACAGCGCAGGGCUAACCUUCCUUUCGUGAGUAAGCUAGACCUCUCCCAGGGCCGGGGCUGAACAAGGGAAAAAAUGUCAGCUUUAGGAGUUAUCGAGGUGGGCCUUGCAGGAAAAAGCUGCAUCAUUAACACUGGAAAGAAUUUAUUAAAGCUCUAUUCUUGCAUA